AAAGACAGAGUUGUUUUCAUAUUGCUCAGGCUGACCUUGAACCUUCUAGGUUCAAGUGAUUCACCUGAGUACUGGGAAGACAGGCAUGUCCCACCCUUACUUUCAAAUGUUCUUAAUACAAAAUUUAUACUUUUAAAAUUUUUAAGAAAACUUAUGAAAAAUGAGAGAAGGAUAAAUGUUAAUGUAGGGUUUUGUUGAAGUUUUCAUUUGCUUUGAUGGGAUGGCGUAUUUGGAUUUGCUUUGGAUGGGUUUAAUAUUGAGGUUAGUAAGACCAAAUUAAGAGAUACCUGCCUGCACUGUAUUUUGAGUCUUCAGAUCACCAGAUCUGGUCUCUGUUUUUUAUAAAUUGUCCCCACUUUCAGCUAGCCAGUGAUUUGAUAAAAUUCUUUGUCCAAUAAUAUAAACUGAUGGAUAAAAGGGCAUGUUUACGUCACUAUAACGUGAGAACUAGCACUUACCAAGAGCUUACUGUGUGCCAGGCAUCAUACUAAGUGUUUCCAUGUGUAUAAAUGUCUCUCGUCACACUGUGAGGUAAGUAUUAAUAACCUUACAGAUGAUAAACAGAGGCACAAAGAAGUAAAGUAAUUUAUUAGGAUUAAAACUAGAAUUAGCUAAGAUCAAACUACAAAAACUUGGUAGUUUGAACCCAGAACUAGUGCACCUUAACACUACCUAUGCUGUGAGUCUUAGAAAGCCUUCUCUGUUUACAGCCUUCAUUCAAGGUCUUUUGAUUACACACAAUUUCAACGCGUUUUCCAAGCUAAAGAACUUCACUAAAAGCAUCUAAAACAGUGACUUUUUCUCACAUUAUAUUGAUAAUCUAAUGUAUUCUGACAGCUGAAAUAACCGUGGUGUACAUCUGAAGGCUUCAGCUUGUGACUGUGCAGCCCUCCCUCCAAAUCCAGGAAACACGUUAUCUACGUUAUCUACGUUUGUCUCGCCAGGUGCUCCAAUUAUGGAGAUUCUGGCCCUAGUGUCACUUUAGCACGUGCCGGGGAGCACACAACAGAAUAGACCUGCGCAUCACUCAGAUGGCAGGCGUGGUCUAUUGAUGUCCAGGAUUUUCUGCGGUUGUUCUAUGGCUUUAGGAACUAGUUAAUUUUCUAGAAUUGCAUAAUGCAAGGAAAUAUGUCAUUCAAGAAAUGUGCCUUGAGUACUCCAUCUUUACAAUUUAAGGAGUCAAAGCAGGAAUCCACACAUCAUGGGUGGUUAGAGGGCUAGCAGGAUUUUUGGGGAAAUGAGAAAGUUUAAUCACAGAGGCUGCAUCUGAAUGUUUCAAGUCCACAAACCUUAGGUGGUUCCUUUAAGAAGUGGAGGAGCUGCAGCUUCCCGGAUGUGGAAGAAUGGCCCGCCUCUACCGUCUGUCACAAAUUGUAUUGUGGUACUCAGUGACGCUAAGCAACACCAAUGGUGGGAAAUAGUUUCUGGGUGGGGCUGCGCCUGCGCCUCCUGGAAGCUCCUCCAACGCGCUUGCGCUGUAGGAACUUCCCAGGGUUCCCUGCGCAUGCGUACUGCUGCCAGGCCCCCCACCUUUCUCAGCUCAGGGCUGAGACAUGGUGCUGUCAGAACUAGCGGUGCGCCUUAAUUGCGCUGAGUACAAAAACUGGGUGAAGGCUGGACACUGCCUGCUGCUGCUGCGCAGCUGUCUGCAGGGCUUCAUCCGCCGCGAGGUCCUCUCAUUCCAUCGCGAGCUGCUCGCUGCAGUCCCUGGCCUUGGUCCCCACGCCAUCUGUCGCGGUGGUUCCCGGUGCAGCCCGCGCGCCCGCCAGUUUCAGCCUCAGUGUGUGGUGUGCACAGAAUGGAAACGUGAGAUCUUGAGGCAUCAUGUCAACAGAAAUGGAGAUGUGCACUGGGGAAACUGCCGGCCUGGCCUCUGGCCCGUGGACGCUUGGGAGGUAGCCAAGGCCUUCAUGCCUCGAGGACUGGCAGACAAACGAGGACCUGAGGAAUGUGAUGCAGUUGCUCUUUUAAGUCUCAUCAAUUGCUGUGAUCACUUCAUGGUUGAUCGGAAGAAAGUCACAGAGGUAAUUAAGUGUCGGAAUGAGAUAAUGCACUCUUCAGAGAUGAAAGUAUCUUCUACAUGGCUUCAAGAUUUUCAGAUAAAGAUCCAACAUUUUCUGAAUGAAUUCAAGAAUAUUCCAGAGAUUGAAGCAGUACAUUCCAGAAUAGAACAGCUGUUGACAUCUGACUGGGCUGUUCACAUUCCUGAGGAAGAUGAACGAGAUGGGUGUAAAUUUGAAAUAGGAAGUUACUUGAGUGUGAGCCAAAUCCAUGAAAUUGAAAUGGAAUUGCUGAAGGAAAAACUGCAAGAUAUGUAUCUUCAAGCAGCAGAAGAAGAGGUGUUGCCCGAAGAGGUCUCAAAUCGACUGGAUGCGGUGAAAAAGUUUUUGAAAAACAACACAGACCUCAGAAAUGGCCUUACAGAAGACAUGCAGAAGCUAGACAGUUUCCAUCUACAGCAUCAAAAACAAAUUUCAAAGGAUACUGAGAGUCAGACACCUGAAAGGAAGGCUUGAGGUCAAUGGCAUUAGACUGCUUCGGUCACCUUUGGACUUUACUGUAUUCCCAAAACUGCCUACAAGAAAUGCUCCAUGCCAAGGCUCAGCAAAGAUGAUUUCGCUCCUUUACCUGAUCAGCUGCCUCCCAAGAUUGAUUCUGCAGAGAGUGGGUGGAGAGAGAGACUGUAUUCGGCAUAUAUUUUGAAUGUAGAACCCAAAUGAACGUAAAUGUGCCUGCAGCUUGGUUAUUUCAUUUCCUGGUCGCUAUUUGAUUUUCAGUCUUAUGUUUUCUUUCUUCCUUCAUUUGUUCUCCCUUCUCAAGUUACUUGGGAAGACUUCAAGAGUAAAACAAGAUUUUGUACUUAUUUUGCAACUUUGCCAAAGCAAAAAAACAAACUAAUGAAAUAUCUCCUCCCUUCUAGUCUGGGGUACAAAACAUGAAAUCUUGAUUCACUAACCCACGAAGACCUGGUUUCUAAGUGUAGAAAGUUUAAGAGCUGAACUUUUCAUUCUACACCCGUGUCUAGUCAGUUUGUCCUUAUCAAUCCAACACACAGUUAUCAAGAGUCAACCCUGUGCCAGACAUUGAAGUAGAUAAAAAUAUAAAAAAUGGUGAAGUCAUAUCUUACUGCUUUUAUCUUCCACUCUGACAAACCAAAGGUAUUGUUCAGAAAACAAUUGAUGUUCACCACAGCAUUGAUACCCAACCACUAGUAGAGAGGACCUACCAAAUAAGGCAUAGAACAUCUGUACUGUGUACUAUGCCACAUAACAGGUAGAAUAAUCCCAUGUUACCUUACAAUAAUGUGAAUUGCCUAUAAAACAUCUAAAGUCAAAAAACAGCUGAGAGGGUGGGAUGGAACUCAGUGGUAGGGCACUUUCUUGCCCAGCAUACAUGUUGCCUUGAAUUAGAUCCCCGCUCCACUGCCAAAAGCAAAUAAAUAGAAAAGCAAAGUUUUUAAUAGCACCUAGCAUGCUACAGUGCUGUCUGUAUAAUAACUGAGGUCUGGAAAGUCUGUCUGCUGUGUUACGUCUAUGAGAGGAUUUGGAGCUGCAGAGUAGUCAGAAGAAAUUUAGCUUUUGUAUUUUGUAUAUUCUUUUUAUAAUAAAUAUGUACUUAUGUAUUUUGAAACUUCUUACUACAGUUGUUAAUUUUGAAACAAGACACAUGAGUAACAUAUCUUAUUGCAAGCCUUCGGUGUUAGAUUCCAUGUAAUUUGUUGUAGCCUCCUUUUUAUGUCUCCACCUCCAAGGGUGCUUCCAAAUCCUAGCACCAGGGCAAGAAGCCCAGGAAAAACAUUGCCUUCUGUCUUGGCUGCCGUCAUCUCCCUGUGAAAUACCUGUCUCCAUCCAAAAGUACACUUUGCCCUCAGCCUCUCCCAGGGACACGGGUGGUCAAUAGUUUUGAAAAGAACUUGUAGAGAAAAAUGACUAAGUCAUUAUAGUUGCACAGAUAACGUGGGUCCUUAGUUUAAACCUUUUUCUUUAGUAGGAAGUUCAUAGAACCUGAAGAAAAUGUGACAUAUUAAACUCUGUAAAAACAUCUGAAUUCUAGGAAAUGACUUAAGGGGUGGGCCACCCGUACUAAUGGAAAACUAGCUCUGCUAAAUCAGAGGGGGUUGCUGGCUUCUGAGAGCAGUGGGAGAGCGCUGAGGAUGGUUUUAUAUUCCUAAGGGUGGGAGGAUUAUGCCCGAGAGGAUUGUGAAAUGAUUGCUACUCUAAUACUGUGAAGAGUUUGUUUUUAUUGACAUACUGGUUACUUAACAUGACUUUAAACACUAGUAUCCUAGUGCUAAAGGGCCAGCUGUCCUAGGUGGGCAUGUUAGAAAUUAGAAAUGAUUGCUACUCUAAUACUGUGAAGAGUUUGUUUUUAUUGACAUACUGGUUACUUAACAUGACUUUAAACACUAGUAUCCUAGGUGCUAAAGGGCCAGCUGUCCUAGGUGGACAUGUUAGAAAUUAGGUAAAUGAGCUGAGUGCUGCAUCAAAUUAGAGAGGAGAGUUGCAGUCUUUUCGAUCACUUCUCUAGGCAUUUGGCCUCUGACUUUAGAAAAUGAUCAGCAGAGAUUACCUCCUUUCCUUUGCCAGGGUAAUUAGAAAUUUACCUACUUGGAAAAGCCUUCACUUGACAGUGUCUUUUAAUUUCCAGAAACUUCUCAACCCCAUGUUCUAUUAUAUGCACAUUAGUGAUGACCUUAGAACUCUAUAAACUGAGCCCUUUGUGACAGGUCUUUCUAAGGUAGGUCUCUAUUACUUUAUACUGACUUUCAGAAAAGCAGGGUCGUUUUUAUUUCAGAACCUGUGUGGCAGGCCAGCCUCCAAAGGUGACCCCUCACUAUCCUUACCUUCUGUAUUCCACAGUUAACCAGGGUUGGUUUGUGAACAUAGCAGAAGUGAUGAUGCAUCACUGCAUGUGUAAACUAUAACAGUAAGACUCCAUCAUCCGUCCUUUGCAAACACCACUGUGGGGGAAGCCGUGCUGUGUCUUUUGGAGAUGUCUACAGGAGGACAAGGAACGAAAGACGGCAAACAAUCAUGAACCUGGAAAUAGAUAUUCCAGCCGCAGGCUAUGCUUCAGAGACCACAAAAACUGUGAGACAGUCUUAUUUUAAACUGUUAAAUUAUGGGGCAGUCAGUUGAACAGCGACAGAUAAUUGUCGGCUGUCCUGUAAUUUAUUCCCUACCCUUCACCCUCAUAUUUAGAAUGUGAAAGUGACUUCCUACAAACAAGACUAAUGCUUGGAUGCUGCGUGAGAUGAACUUUUCCUGUCUUAGCCAAGAGCUGA